AGUACUAUCAGCACUGUAGAUCUGCAUGUGUGUGUGUACACGUGUUUGUCGAUUGGUGAGUGGACACAGCGUGAUCGAGCCUAAUAGCCUUCACUGAUCAUUACCAACCUCCUGGCUGACACUUUAGACCCAUCAUGGAGUCGGGAAAGCAGCUCACAGGUACAUUAGCCCUGGCUGUGUUCGCAGCAGCUCUGGGGUCCUUGCAGUAUGGCUACAGCCUUGGAGUCAUCAACGCACCCCAGAAGGUCAUUGAAAAGCAUUACGGCCAGUACAUGGGGGUGUGGUCGGAAAGGGUGGCUGUCCUGUCAGAAAACGCCACAGACAAAGAAAAGUUCUCAGAGCCGGGACAACACCCUGAAGUGAUCAAGUAUUGGUCAUUGUCUGUGGCCAUCUUCUCCAUUGGUGGCAUGUUUUCCUCCUUCCUGGUAGGAUUUGUGGGAGACCUGAGAGGGAGGGUAAAGGGCAUGCUAAUGGUCAAUUUUCUGGCUGUAGUUGCCGGACUGCUGAUGGGUCUUUGCAAGAUGUGGAAACCUCACAUCAUGGUCAUCUCCGGCCGGGCUGUUAUGGGCUUUUACUGUGGGUUGACAUCUGGGCUAGUGCCUAUGUACAUUGGAGAGAUUGCACCCAAAGCUUACAGAGGGGCUCUGGGAACGUUACACCAGCUGGCUAUUGUCAUGGGCAUCCUAAUCAGCCAGGUAAUAGGCUUGGACUUUGUAUUAGGUAAUGAUGAUAUGUGGCCCCUAUUGCUUGGUCUGUCUGGAGCACCAGCAGUUUUGCAAUCCCUUUUGCUGCCUCUAUGCCCUGAGAGCCCCCGGUACCUUUACAUCAUUCUGGGAAAGGACCAAGAGGCUAAGAAAAGUCUGUAUCGUCUAAAGGGGGCGUAUGAUGCAACUUUUGAUCUGGAAGAGAUGAGGAAGGAGAAAGAGGAGGCAGACAGGGAGCCCAGAGUGUCAAUCCUUUCUUUGAUCCGCUCCUCCGUGUACAGACAGCAGCUGGGUGUUGCCCUCAUGAUGCACCUCUCCCAACAGCUGUCUGGCAUCAAUGCGAUCUUUUAUUACUCUACGGAUAUCUUCACUCGGGCUGGUGUUGGUCAGCCAGUAUACGCCACUAUAGGAGUUGGGGUCAUCAACACUAUCUUCACUAUGGUGUCUGUUGCACUGGUGGACAAGGCUGGCCGGCGCACUCUGACUCUGGUUGGUCUGGGAGGGAUGUGCUGCUGUGCAGUUGCCAUGACAGUGGGCCUCACAUUGCAGGAUAAAUACUCAUGGAUGAGCUAUGUCAGCAUGUCGGCCAUAUUCCUCUUUGUGAGUUUCUUUGAAAUUGGUCCUGGUCCCAUUCCGUGGUUCAUAGUUGCCGAACUGUUCAGUCAGGGACCUCGGCCUGCGGCCAUCGCUCUGGCUGGCUGCUGCAACUGGACCAGCAACUUCAUCAUAGGCAUGACUUUUCCAUAUAUACAGACUUGGUUGGAUUCUUAUGUUUUCAUCCUGUUUGCCGUGCUGCUUCUCGGUUUCACCGUGUUUAUUUAUCUUCGGGUCCCUGAGACCAAGGGCAAAAGCUUUGAGGAGAUUGCUGCUGUCUUCCAAAAGGGACGGAAAAAGUCGUCACAAAGCCCCAAGGACGCUACUGAACUGCAGCAGCUUAAAACAGCCACAGACGCUUGACACAAAUGCUCUGUAUUGGUGGGGUCUAUUUGUAUGUCUGUUAAAAGUGUGCAGCCAUCUGUCAGUAUUUCAAAGGUUUUAAGUAUUUAUGUACAUGUAUCCUUUUAGGAGUCUAUUCUUAUAAUUACUUGGUGAAUUAAGGAUUUGUUUUGCACAAGAUGACAGUUUUAUAAUGUAAAUUGUCCGUUAUAUGGAGUGGUGCUUACAUUGAAUCCAAAUAAAAACUUAUAUUGUGACUUAAAAGUUAAAUUGGUGUUAGUCUCGCAUUGCCAGACCCUCCUUCACAGCGCUGCGGAUGAGGGUCUGGCUAGUCCACACACAUUUUCGUGGUGGGAGAAAAACGUGUUCUGGUUUAUUGGAAUUUCUUUAAACCAAUCACAAUCAUCUUAGGCGAGCAGAGCCACGGUCCCGCUGACAAAUAGCUUCGUAAAGAAACUUGUUUUUGUGAAACGUGUGUACGUUCAAAAGUUGUUUAAGUCGUGCAACAGAAAAAUCCGAUUGGACAGAUGGUCUAGCUAGCUGUCUGGAUUUACCCUGCAGUUAACCAUAGUCCUCAUCAAUCCAUCUGAGUUUUACCACAGGGAAAGUGGAAGGUAACGGACAUCCGUCCGAAAAUAGUGUCAUCCGGCAGAAUAUCCCACAGAACGAGAGCCAUCCCGUAAGUGGAACGUCGUGGAUAUAGACUAAAGUGGCGUCUAUCAUUACGGAAUUACAUACCUAUUUGUAAUUGAAAGCGGUUGCUUGUAUAGUUGAAUUAAGACCCAACCUAGCCGUUUCCCUCAGCUCUACUGACCUUUAUAGCGUGUUUUAUUGAUGUGGUUUGGGUUCACUUCCACUGCUCUCAUAGCUUUGUUUUUCUGCCACAGCAGCGAGAAGCUGUUUUCAUCGAAUAAGGUC